CAGCUAGCUCAACAAGCUCAGCAGGCACAGUUCACUUCUACAGUCACCAGUAGUGCUAGAAAAGCGUACAAGAUGAACAAGCUUGCUAUGUAUAAUAGCAAUCAGAAGAUGCUAUAUAGAUUCCUUAUCUACUGCAGAGCAUACUUUCUGCAUUAUGCAACUCAGUUUACUAUGGAAUCUGAAAAGAUUAUUCUUGCAAAGAUUCGUUUCGAAAAGAAUAUUCUUAUCUAA